AAAUGGGGAAAAAAUAACAACCAAGCAAAUCGAGACUACCUUAAAGUUUUAUUAAUGGAGUUAUUUAUAUUUUGCGUUUUAUAUAUUAAUCAAAAAGCUAUUUUCUAUGCGUAAAUAGAAAUACGUAGUGUUUCAAUAAUUAUUUUAAUUUGACAGCACCUACUACAACAGUAACUUUACGUGUUAACAGACGCUUAAUUUUUGUAUAGUGAACGAACUUAUUCGGCAAAAUGGAUCAGAUGCUUCCAAGUCCGUAUAAUAUACCGGGGAUCGGGACCCCUCUUCAUCAGCCCGAAGAAGACCAGCAGAUAUUGCCAAAUGCCUUGCAACAGCAGCAUCAACAACAGUCCUUGGCGGCAAUGGGAUCCUCGCCUCUCGUUGGCUUCGGAGGAUCUUUGAUGGGAACUCCUCAGAGGCUCCAUACCUACGCUCCUACAUUCUCUACUCCUCAACAAAUGAUGCAGCCACAAACACCUCAAAAUCUCAUGUCACCAAUGAUAACUGGGGGUAGUUUAGCCGGGCAGCCUCUCCUCAGCCAGGCGAGUCCUGCUCCGAUGACCCCCAUGACUCCACAUUCAGCUGAUCCUGGAAUAGUGCCGCAGUUACAAAACAUCGUCUCAACUGUCAAUUUAAAUUGUAAGCUGGAUUUGAAGAAGAUUGCGUUACAUGCCCGUAACGCAGAAUAUAAUCCCAAACGGUUUGCCGCUGUCAUCAUGAGAAUACGAGAGCCCAGGACGACGGCGCUCAUUUUCUCAUCGGGCAAAAUGGUGUGCACGGGAGCCAAGAGUGAGGAGGAUUCGAGAUUAGCUGCGCGGAAGUACGCUAGGAUAAUACAGAAGUUGGGUUUCACUGCAAAGUUCUUAGAUUUCAAAAUACAAAACAUGGUGGGAAGUUGCGACGUGAAGUUUCCAAUUCGAUUGGAAGGCUUGGUCCUCACCCACGGCCAGUUCAGUUCCUACGAGCCGGAAUUGUUCCCAGGACUCAUUUACCGAAUGGUGAAGCCCAGAAUAGUGCUUUUAAUAUUCGUAUCGGGCAAAGUAGUGUUGACUGGUGCUAAAGUGAGACAAGAAAUAUACGAAGCCUUCGAUAAUAUCUACCCAAUACUAAAGAGUUUCAAGAAACAGUGAUUUUCGGACUGACUGGCCUUUGUUUGUUAUAGUGUUAAGAUAUUUUUUUUUAUAAUAUAAGAAUUUAUUAUAUGUAAGCAUU